GCACAGAUGGACUAUCAUCCGCCUGAUUCCUACCUCCCCGAAGGCUCAACUUGCCUCUUUACACUCAGGCUACCUCAAUACUCCUCUCUGGCCGUGUUCCGUGAACGUCUGCGCUAUGCAAUCUUCUCCUGCCGCUCCAUAGACAGUGAUGACUUGACGAUGCUGGAGUAG